AUGGGUAAAGGUCGUUCUAAGUUUAAGCAAGCCGCUCCUCCAAGUUUGGAUGAGUUUUUGGCUAAGAAAGAGAAGAAGCAGAACAAGUUAAACAAGAAGUCUAAGAGAACCCAUGAGGACAAAGAUGACGGUAAGAAGAGUAAGAAGCAGAAGAAGUCCAAGUCUAAGAGAGCUGAAACUGAGGAAACUGAGGAAGAACCAGCUGACCUACCAGAAGUCGACUAUGAGGAAUUGUCAAAGGCCAAGAAGUCUCUGUUCGAUGAUGAGGAAGACGCAGGUGCAGACAGUAAUGAUGAGGAAGAACUAGAUGAUGAUGAAUUGAAGGAUGAAUUUGACCUUGAACAAGAGUAUGACUACGAUGAAGACGAGGAAGCCGAGGCUAAGCCAAUGUUCUCUGAUGAUGAAGAAGAUGAAGAAGAAUUGGAGAGGUUGAAUGCUAACAACAUGGAAUUCUUGUCUAAGAGAUUGGAUGAAGAAGAAGCUGAAGAAGCUGAGGAAGCCGAGCUUGAAUUAACCGAGGCCCACAAGCAAAACCCAAGAGCUGAUGUUCUUCCUUCAAAGGAAGAAGAAGAGCUAAUGGCUCAAAAUCCACCUGAUUUGACCUCUAUUAGAACCAGAAUUAUAGAAAUUGUUAAAGUUUUGGAGGACUUUAAGACAUUGGGUGCUGAGGGUAGAUCUCGUAGUGAGUACACUGAUAGACUAUUAAAAGAUAUCUGCGAGUAUUUUGGUUACACUCCAUUUUUGGCUGAGAAAUUGUUCAACCUCUUCUCUCCAGCCGAAGCUCUGGAGUUCUUUGAGGCCAACGAAAUUGCUAGACCUAUUACAAUUAGAACCAACACUUUGAAAACAAGUAGAAGAGAUCUUGCACAAGCUUUGGUUAACAGAGGUGUGAAUUUGCAACCUAUAGGUUCUUGGACAAAGGUUGGUCUACAAAUCUUUGACUCUCAAGUCCCAAUUGGUGCUACUCCAGAGUAUCUAGCUGGUAACUAUAUUCUACAAGCAGCAUCAUCUUUCUUACCAGUCGUCGCACUAGACCCACAAGAAAAUGAGAGGGUGCUAGAUAUGGCUUCUGCUCCAGGUGGUAAGACAACUUAUAUUUCCGCGCUUAUGAAGAAUACAGGUUGUGUGUUUGCUAAUGAUGCAAACAAGAAGAGAACAAAAUCAUUGAUUGCUAAUAUCCAUCGUCUUGGAUGCACAAACACAAUUGUUUGUAAUUAUGAUGCUCGUGAAUUUCCAAAGGUUAUUGGUGGGUUUGACAGAGUUCUUUUAGAUGCUCCAUGUUCAGGUACAGGUGUCAUUGGUAAGGAUCAAUCUGUUAAAGUAUCGCGUACCGAGAAAGAUUUCAUUCAAAUUCCUCAUCUACAAAAGCAGUUGCUAUUAUCAGCUAUUGACUCUGUUGAUGCUAACUCCAAAAAAGGUGGUGUCAUUGUAUACUCUACCUGUUCCGUUGCAGUUGAAGAAGAUGAAGCCGUUGUCGACUAUGCUCUAAGAAAGAGACCAAAUGUGAAACUAGUUGACACUGGUCUUCAAAUUGGUAAGGAGGGUUUUGUUAGUUUCAGAGGUAAAAAAUUCCACCCAAGCUUAAAAUUAACAAGGAGGUAUUAUCCACAUACCUAUAAUGUGGAUGGUUUCUUUGUUGCCAAGUUCCAAAAGAUUGGCCCAUCUCCACAUGACGAUAACCAAGCUACUGCUAAAGAAAAGGAAGCAGCUGCAAGAUUGGAAGCCAUCGAGGAAGGUAUUAUCAAGGAAGAUUUCGCCGAGUUUGAGGAUGAAGAAGAUAAGGAAUAUAUAGAAAAGUCCAAGUCGAAGCUACUAAAAAAGAGAGGUGUUAACCCAAAAGCCAAAUUGGAGAAAAAAUGA